AUGCACUGGGGCUCUGUUGAUUUUUCUUCACAUUCUGCGGCCACAAAUAGAAAUCUGCGAUCACUCCUCUUUGAGUUGGAUUUCAUCGUAGUGGCUCAUUUUUCAAUACUCCUGCAGCUGGAUAUUAACAAUUCUUUCUUGCAAGGUAAUCUUGAUGAAGAAGUGUAUAUGCGGCUCCUCGUGCUUGGUAUACUUAACGCAAAAACUAUCUGUUUACUUUGGGUUUUGUUAAAUCCCGAUUUGAUUCCUCGCUCUUCAUUUUGCAUAAAUGGAUUCACUGUGUACAUUUUGGCCUAUGUUGAUGAUACUUUAGUGACUGGUAACCACCAACGAGGUGUUCAUUAUAACAUUGAGGCUCUCUCAAAACGUUUUUCACUGAAGGAUUUAGGACCCCUUCAUUACUUUCUUAGUGUUAAGGUAAUUCGUUCAUCUACUGGUCUCUUGCUCUCUCAACAGAAGUACACUAUGGAUCUACUGCAUGAGGUUGCUAUGGAUAAUUGCAAAGGUGUUUCUACACCCAUGACAUCUAUUGUUGUUUUUGACCCCUCACCUGAUGAUCAUCUAGUUGAUGGUUCUUUUUACCGACGCAUUAUUGGUAAGCUUCAUUACCUUUCUUUCACUCGUCCCGAUAUAGCUUAUGAUGUCAGCAAGUUGUCACAAGCUAUGCAUCAACCGCUUAUGUCACAUUGGGUUGCUCUUAAGCGGCUUCUCUGCUAUCUCAGUUCCACUACUUUCAAUGUUGUACACAUUGCCAAGGAGAGUGACCGUAGACUGCUUUCUUACUCUGAUUCAGACUGGGCGGGAGAUCCUCAUGAUCGCACCUCCACCAUUGGUUAUGUUAUCUAUCUUGGUCGUUCUCCUAUUUUAUGGUCUUUGAAGAAGCAACGUUCAGUUUUUCGUUCUUCUACAGAGGCUGAAUAUCGGGCAGUUGCAGCUGCUGCUUCCGAGACUAAUUGGCUCACCCAUCUUCUUCAAGAGCUUUAG